AUGGCGGCGCAGGGCGCCCUGCCCCUCAGGCCCGAGGAGUCGGCGAAGCAGCCCAUCCCCUCCGGCCUGCGCUGGGAAGAGCGAGGCCUGAUCUGCGGGUCGAGGACGCUCUGCGGGCACGAGAAAGUAAACUCGAGCUCCACUGCAUCGACCUGGGAGGACAUAGACAUGGACACGAUCCUGGAGGAGGCAGAGGGCGGCGCCAGCUGCUCCAGCCGCGCCGCCGUGUCCGCGGCGCGCAGCGCGCAUCGCCCAGGGCGGUGCCUGGGCGAGGUGGCCCGGCUGCCGGAGCACCUGUGGCUCUGCGUGGCGCAGUACCAGGGCGCGGCGGACUCCUGCGCGGCGAGCGCCGCCCGCGUAUGCGUGCUUCUCAUCCUGCUGGUGGGGUGGCGCGUGAUACGCUCGAUGCCAAAGACAGAGCUGGCUGCGCUCCGCAAGCAAAUUCAACAGCUGUCUCGGCCCAAGAUGCUCGAUGGUGACACGCAGUCACCGCCACAGCAGGAUGGUGGCCCGAAGGAAUCGGACCUCCAGAAGAAGCAGAAGAUGCUGGAGGCUGCUGAGGCUGCCAUGGCUUCUCUUGAGAACGCUGCGCAGGUCCAGGGAGUUGCUCCGAGCACGGUCCCUGGAUAUGCUGAUGCUGACAAGACUGUACGGGAUCUUCGCCAGGAGACCCAUGCGGCCAAGCCUAUCGGAACCCAGGUUCACGGCAUCGGCAAGAAGAUUCAGAAGGCGGACCAGCAGAUUGCCAAGUUGCAGGCCUCCAUUGAACAUGAGAAGAAGGCUGUGGCAGACAAGCUUGCUCUUCUCGUGGAUCUCAAGCAACAGCUGGAGGCCAAGCAGAAAGCUAGGGUUCAGCUGCAGCUCGAGCAGAUGGAACUCCUUCGGCAGCGCACGCCUGAGCAGGGUAUGGAUGUGGAGGAUUUGCGAACCUCCAUAUCGGACAAUGGUGGCACGCCUGCGGAGACCGAGGACGAGAUUCGCGCGCAGGUCAAGCGGCACGUGGAGUCUUUCCAGGCGCUGCUCGCCAAGAAGGGCGAGGUUGAGGGCGCCUACUUCGUCACAGAGGGCGGCUGCGCCUUCUUCGAGUACGUUGUGGGCAGCAUUUAUCUUGAUACUAAAGAUGGCAUGGGUGCAGCCAACGCGGCGCACCUCUGGCAGACUGUGCAGGCGUUGGCUGAGCUCAGCAGUGCGGGCAUAGACUGGAUGGACUAUCCGCUCUGGCAGUUGGUGCCCAGACUUCCGAAGGAGCUGCCCCAGGAGGCGCCUAUCGGCUGCGCUCGAUUUCCUCUGGAGUGGGAUCAAGGCUUAUUUGGGGCUGCUGAUGAUGCUGCAGGCCUGGUUGCUGGAAUGGACGCGCUCAUGCAUGGCAUCGAGAAGGAGCUCACCAACCGAUAUGAUCAUGUCGGCCCUGCCGCUAAGCGCUGCGCUGGUCGGGCGGGGGCUCCUGAGUUUGUUUGGGGGCAGGUCGAGCGGCAGCCCCCCCUCAAGCGCACUUAUAAGCGACCGAUCACCCUGGCGUGGAAGACUGCGCCCAGAUGGAUGAUGCACAUUCAGACGGAGCGUGAUCGGUUGAAGACACUGGUUUCUCAGCUUCAGAUGGCCAGCGCGUCGUGCAGCAUCGAGCCUCGGCAAUGCUCGGUACUCUUGCAGGCCUUCAGUGAGGUCAGCGGAUUUCUGCGCAAGGCAAGGCGAAGCCAGGUUGUUCUUCAGCAGUUGCCAUCUGAGGUCCAGAGUUUUCUUGGAUCAGGCCUCCAGGUUCUUGUUGACACUCGUUUUCAGGAGCUCAUGACUAUGAUUGGCAAAGAGGCCACCAGACUUCGCAAGGAAGACCAGCGUGAUUCUUAUCAGGCCUGGAUGCGUUUUCAACGGGAGGCUUUCAAGCCGGGGGCGUCGAUAGCACACCGUCUGUCCAAGGUGCGGCCGAUGGACCAGAUUGUUUCUUUCCGGCGGCCAGGUGGAGUGCCACCGCAGGCGCUCGCGAACCAGGUGUACGUGCACUUGAAGUUGCAGUUCGGGCAUUUCAAGACGAUUCGAGGGCCGCUGGACGCAAGAACUCGGUGCUGCGGCGUGCUGGUGCUCAACCAGCUGUUGCUCAUGGUGCAGGCGCACAAGACGGCAUACUUGUAUUGUCAGUGGCAGGGUUCACAGCGGCUGCAGUUCGAGGGCCACUAG